GCAUCAUCGCUCUCACUCUUCUCUGUGGUUGUUUCGUCUUCCACACUAUCACUUCCAUAGCCACAAAAGCUUCACAUAAAUCCUAAUUAAACCCUAAAAAUACUGUUAAAGACAAACAGAAAACUACAAAAUACAUCUUUUGUAUAUUUGGAAGCUUUUGGUUUUAUGGAAUCGGAGAAGCCUGGGAUUGUUUCAAUUCUCGCUGCAGCAACGGUCGAUUCGGAGAAACCUCGCGUUUCAAUUUCUGCGGUGAGAGCGAUUGCGGCGGCAAGAGCUGAUUCGUUUCUUCUCACGCCAAGUAGUGAAGCUAGUAGUUAUAGUAAUGGACUUGAUUUUGAGACUGAUGAAGAUGAGACUGUGUUAGAGGAUGUGGUUUUGGAUGGGGUUAGGGUAGAUAGGCUACUAGGGGAAGAGUUAGGUGGAGAUGGAAGUGAAUUUCAGGUGGGAGUGGGAUUUAUAGACCAUUUGCAGAGUGAAGUUAGUGGAGAUGAAAGAGGUAGUAUGAAAGCAAAAGUAGUCAUUCCUCGGGCUGUUUUGUCUUUGGAUGAUGAUGAGUUUGAUGAAAUUUUGGGUAGUGAUGUUGAUUCUGAAGAGGUGAGAAUGAACUAUUCAGAUAAAUUAGAUGAUGGUUUGAUGUCCUUUGGGAAUAUUGAAGAAUCAAGUCUCGGUGUUCCACCAGAAGGUUCUAGUGAUUUUAUGGCAGAAAAUGAAGGGAACUCUAGUGAGGCGAGUAUAGAAUUGGGUCAAAAUUUCAAGCAACUCAUCGAGAAAGGGGAUAGUAAAAGUACCAUCAACAAGGAGGAUAGUGGUGGUAGCAUUCAUGAAUUUGACGCAUUGAUGAAGCCAAGUGAUGUAGAAAGAGUAGAAGAUAGUGCAGUUGAAUUAGCAAAAAUGGGAAUGAAUGAUAAACCAGAAUACGCAGGUUCUAAUAUAGGUGAACUUGUAUCCAUAGAGGAAGUUAUGGUACAAGAGAAAUCUUCUGACAAUGUGUUAGUGUCUUUUGAGAGUAGUCUUGGUGUUAUGACAGGUGAAUGCAAGGAGUUUCUGGUGGAAAGUGAAGGAAACGCUGUUGAUGAGGAUAAAGGAUUAGAUGAAACUGUAAGCAGCCUUGUCGAACAAGGGGUGGGUCAAGCUAGUACCAGCAAGGAGAGCAAUAACAGAACUGAUGUUGGUAGUGUCUGUGAUGCAGAUGAAUUGAUAAUUCCACGUGACGAGUCUAUUGGAUCAGAAAGCAGAGACUCAGGGGAUAAAGACGCUGGAAAUAUGAUAGGCAAGGCAGAAGAACACUGUGAAAAUGAUCGUGGUGCUGUUAGCGAAUUAGAAAAACUUGAGUGCGCGGAUGAACCUGAAAUUGGUAUGAGUUCUGAAAGUUUUCAGUUAACUCCAACUUCAGAUUCUGAAAUGAUAAUGAACCUUGAGGUCGCUGGAGGAAUAGAUGUCGUUGUAAUUGGUUGUGGUUCUUCCGAUCAAAAAGCUGAAGAAGAAUCUGAAAAUGAAGGAAAUCAAGAAUCAGACGAUACUGAUAGGAAGUUGUCACUUCCUGAUGAAGAUAGAGCAUCAAGUUUAAUAAGUUCCUUUGAAACAGCCAAUGAGACUGUGGAAGAUGGGAAUCAAUUAAUAAGCAGGACCAUGCCUGAAAACUCUUCCGUAAUUGCUUAUGAUAUAAUGGAAAAUGAGACGAUGGCACGGCUGAUUCAUAAUCACACUUUUAUGGAGCUUGACGAGUACGAAGGAACAGGUGAUACAAGUGAGAAACUCACUGGAUCCAGUUUCCAGAAUUCUUCAGAACUAUUAUCCUCUAAUCAUUCUGUGGAGCUGAUAAGUGAGAGAGUGAAGGAAAGAGUUGAGAAGACUCAGCUCUUGAAGGAAAAGCUCCAGAGGAUUAUAAGAAGAACAUGUCUUAGCCGUGAAAAUUCAACUGUUACUAAAGUUGCGUCUAAGAUGAGCCUAGCUGGUGGAGAACAUCCAACGUCCUUAGGGCUUGAUCACAUGUUUGACGGAACAAAGAUAGUGCUGCCUGAACAAGAGUUUCCAGCUGAUCUAGACUUCUCCAUUAACGUCCUUGUUAUCGGGAAAACUGGGGUGGGAAAAAGUGCAACGGUUAAUUCUAUUUUUGGGGAGACUAAAUCUGCUGUUGGUGCAUUUGGAGUUACCACUAACUCUGCAAAUUAUGUUGUUGGGAAUGUAGGAGGAAUCCAGAUAAGUAUACUUGAUACGCCAGGACUCUUGUCCUCUGCAACUGAGGAACAGUUUAAUCAGGAAGUCCUUAUAGCAAGAUGCCUAGGAAUUGUUCUGGCAGAGAACAACAUGAGCUUCUUCUCCGCAAACAAAAGCAGCGAAUCUACAUGUUCGGAUUGGAGAUUGAACUUGCUGAUCUUAUGUUGCUCAGUUAAGAUCCGGUCUAAAGCCGGUUCUUUGCAAAAGCAGAAUACCGAUGUAGAAAAGGCCGGUGUCUUUGGCUCCCAGCUUAGCUCUUUCACUCUAUUCUGUUCCUUGUGGAAUGUGUUACUUAACUCAGGGCACACUUCUCAUUCACAUGAUGAUUUGGAGGAGAAGAAAAGGAAAUUACUGGAUUCUUACCCUGAAAUUAUAUGGGACGAACAGAGUCAAGAAUGUCUCGAGCAAGAAACACUUCUCGUGGAGAAUCAAGAAUCAGAAGACGUGGAGAGACAACAUGAAAAAGGAACUGUACUUGGUCGUGUAAGAACCAGAAGAGGAAGACUUGGAUUCCAAGCAACAAAAAGGUUCGGUAUCUAUCUAGAUACAUCUGAUGUGCACGCAGGGUUUUCCAUUGGAAGCCGAGACUGUAGAAGAAAUGUACAAGAAGAAGGGAAGAUCUUGGUGAGGAUGAGAGGCUCCAUGUCUGUUUUAGGUUUGGUUCCUAUGUUGAUAUCCGUAUUCACUUCUGGAAAAGAUAUUUAA